GCCAGUUGACGCGACGGAAACAACCAAAAAAAAUUAGCCCACACAAUGAGCUUGUCGCUUCUCCAGGGCUACUCCUCCGCUGAGGAGGACGACGACCCCGCCGCCGGCACCGAGCUAAGCGAGUCCGGUGAUUCGUCAGCCGAGGAAGCCGGAUCGGACGGAGACGAGGGGUCCGCUCCUCAAAAGCCGGCCCCCAAGCCCCGCCGCCGACCAAACCCUAAGGGGGGAGAUGCCGGAGGCGGCGACGGGGACUCCUCGCUGCCCUCCGCGCUGGAGGCCUUCGCCGAUGUCUCGGGACCACCGGACUUUCUGAGGCAUAGGGUUGCCGAGCCCGAGGAAGGGACGGAGGCCCUCGGUGUACUCGAUCGCCGUGGGAAAGAGGGGAGCAAGCACCCGCCUCCAGGUGCUGUUGUGGUGGCGAAACCGCAGUUAGUUGCCAUCCGCGAGCGAGUUACCACAACUGGAGCCAACCCCUCAGGUUCAGUGACAUCUGGUUCUGUUGAUGGAAAAAGAAUAAUAGGUGCUGCAAAUCCUGGGCCAGAAGAUGCAGCUGAUCUUCUGAGGAUGUGUCUCCAAUGUGGUGUACCAAAGACCUAUUCACAUGGUAAGGGUAUGGUUUGCCCUCAGUGUGGUGAUAGACCUGUGCAGACAAAAGAGCCCGAAAAGAAAAAGGGUUCCACUGUCAAGGACAAGGAGAAGAUCAAGAGGAUGAGGGGGCAAUCGUCGCAUGCAUCCUGGAAGAGUGAAACGGAGAUGGCUCUUCGGCAGCAAUUUGACUGAUAACUAGUUAGCAUGGCCAAUAUUUAGACUGAGUGCUUGGUAAACUGUACGCUGGGUAAACCUUUUUAAGCCUGUGUAGUGUACCAUAUGAUGCCCCUUGUGCCUCACACGAAGUUCCAGAGAGCGAGAGUGUGUGUUGUAUGUGCUGCAUUUUUCUGCUAGGAACGAUUUUGUUUGUUAAGCUGUCAGAAUUGAAUCUGAGCAUGUUCGCUUGAGCUUAUCAGCCGAAUCUGUUAGUCAUUUAACAAUGUUUUUUCUUGGAACAAAUUAGUGAAUAGUAUUUUCA